UUGUUUAUAUCGUUAUCGGCCCGUAAGGUUGUCAUGUGGUAGUUACCAAUCUUCAACCCGAAUCCCUUCGCAGUUCUAUUAGUACUAAAUACUCUGAUUUUUUUCGACUACAAGGACAAAUAGCGACCUGCCUCUGCCCUAUAAUUCAAAGAACUUUAUUAACAUGUCUCAGCUUAUCGAAGGUGUCGCCAAUGAAGUGAUUUUAUUGUUUUCGACGAUAAUAGCUUUAUUUUUCGCUUUUCUAUACUCUCUCUUGUUAUACUUCAGGCCCCUUUUGGCGGAAGAAGAUCUAGAUGAACUGGAAAAUGAUCAGACUCCACCUCCAAUACACAAUCGGCACAUGUGUCCGGUCUGCCGUGGUCAGCACAGUUUCGCCCUAGAAACAGAUUGUGGUCAUUUAUACUGCGGGCCUUGUUUAAUGGCAUGUUAUGAAAGAGAUAUAAACGCACCAUUUAGCGGAAUUAAAUGCCCAUUGUGCAGAAAUCAGGUGAGCCUACUUUUUGUAUGUUUCACCCCUGAAGAAAGGAGUUAUACAUCCUGGUCCGUUAACGGCAGUGAAAGUCUUCAAAUACGCAGUUUUGUAAGGAGCUACAAUAAUUAUCACUCGACAAGAUCUAGAACGUUUUUGCACCGGAUUCGAGAAAUGCCAGUUCUUCUCAGACAUUUCAUUAUGGAGCUUUUUGAAACAGGAUUUGACAAUUUCUAUUUGAGUUUACGCUUAUUAAUUACCAUAUUAAUCGGAGCUGUUUAUAUAUUAUUUCCUUCUGAUGUUAUUCCAGAAAGUAUGUUUGGUUUCGUUGGUUUCAUCGAUGAUUUAGUUUUGUCUCUUAUAUUUGCAUGGUAUCUCGCUUCGAUGUACCGCCAUUAUUUAACAGAUCUACAUGAAAAUGAAGAUUAAACAAAUAUUGAUGUGAAUCAUCGAAUCUUAAUAGUUUACAUUUCACAAUUUAUUUCCUUAUUGGUCAGUUUAUUUUAUUUUGUAUUAACCUUUUUUUAA